UCUCUCUCUCUCUCUCUCUCUCUCUCUCUCUCUCUCUCUCUCUCUCUCUCUCUCUCUCUCUCUCUCUCUCUCUCUCUCUCUCAAACACAAAACACUGCAAUGUCAGCCGCCAGCACCGAGACGAGUGCCCCGUUGCCUGCGGCCGCCAGCCGGGUGUUCUUCCAGCCGCUGGCCGGGGUAGGGUGCGCUGGGUCCGGACCCAUGCCGCGGGACGACCCGGUCCAGAGGAAGCAGGGGAAAGUGACGGUGAAAUACGACAGGAAGGAGCUGCGGAAGAGACUGAUCUUGGAGGAGUGGAUUAUUGAACAACUGAGCGAUCUGUACGACUGUGAGGAAGAGGAGAUGCCAGAGGUGGAGAUAGACAUCGAUGACCUGUUGGAGGUCAACAGCGAAGAUGAGAGAGCCGUCAAACUACAGGAAUCCUUAAUGGACUGCUAUAAACCCACGGAGGUCUUUGUCAGUGAGUUGUUGGGGAGGAUAAGAGGAAUGAGGAAACUCACUGCUCCCACCAAGAAGGGUCUAUAAUGGAUGUCAACCAACCG